CUCAGGCUACAUGGUUCCGCGUCAAACUCACGUUUCAGGGGACGUACCCGGACGAAAACCGUGGGAUGACCAGUCUCUUGUGAAAAAGAUUUACAAUCGCCUCAAAGAUGAUGGGCUGCCAGUGUGGAUGGACAUCGAGGGAGGGGUGACAGGGAACAUCAACGAUGCGAUGGCUGCAGGUGUGGAGGAGGCCGCGGUGAUUUGUCCAUUUAUGACCCCGGCUUACCAGGCGUCCCGCAGCUGCAAGAAGGAGCUCAACUAUGCAGACACCAGGGAGGUCAUCAUCGUGCCAGUCAUGCUGGCCACGAACUGGGAGGCCACCGAGUGGCUGGGACUGAUCACUGCAGGCCUGCUGUGGGUGGACUUUAGAAAUGCAGAAACGGAUGAGGAGCGCCUUGAGAUGUGUCUCAGAUGUCUGGAGGAGGAGAUAAUGUUUAAUGCUGGUCACCUCCUGGCAGGGGAGGAACCUCCCAGAGGGGUGGUGGAUGGGCCAGAUCCACCACAACCCCGACUGAAAAAGAAACCCGCCCGAGGCUUUCGCCACGCCCUCUCAAAGCUCUACAUUCACGACUCAGGCGAGCCGAUAAUCCACCCAACCAGUGACAGCAGAAACACAGUGGAGCUCACUGGGACGCCUGGAGAUCACCGUUACUGGGAGGAGGUUAAGGGUAACGGCUGUAAAUACUACAGGAAUGUUGUCACUGACAGGUACCUCGGGUUUGACCCCAGCGGGAACCAGGUCCACUCUGAGGCCAGUCCCUCUGUGUCUGAGGAGUGGCUGCUUUUGGUGGACCAGACAGACCAGAGCCAUCAGAGAGCCGUCAUCAUCAAGAACAAACACUCAGGGAGGUUCCUGGCAGUCCAAAAUGGCCGCUUCACUGGACUAACAUCGUAUGACGAAGACUGCAAAUGGUUUUUAGAAUAA